CUCCGCCAGCGAGCAGUCAGUCAACUUAUAGCCGCUCCAGCGAACGGACGCACCGAAAAUCGAGCUAUCGAAACUCUAGCAAAACAAAAAAAAACCCGAAAUCGAACCCAUGACUUAUAUAUAGAGCCAUACGAUUUGUUUACGUGUCGUGACGCGAGUGCCAGCCGUUGUGUGCGUGUGCCAGACCAAAACAAAAGUUUUUCCGAAAACCCCAGAAAAUCAUAAAUUCAAAUAUAAAUCACCAUGAUUAGCACCACGGAUUAUCCAUCGGUUGUGGAGACCACAACUUCCAGCGAGGAGCUGUAUGCGGAGUACAUUUCCGCACCGGCGAGCAGCAUGAGUCCCGCUGCGAUUGCCGAGCACCUGCAGCAGAAUCAGAUCACCUUCGAGAUUCCCAGUGCCCACGAUCUGCGGCACAUCGAUGCCCUGAAUUCGUUCAAUGCCCUGCUCCAAAGGAUCGGCAAUGCGGCCGUGUCCUAUGACCCGGCUCCACCCAGUGGUUGGUCCCCGGAUGGGAGCAUCAGCACCGAACAGCUCUCCAAAUCGGUGGUUCUGGAUCUGGCUGAUUUGAGGGACCGUUCGGAGGACUCCACGGAUUCUUCCUGGUGGAGCCAGAUCUUCGGGGAUGCCGACAUGCAUGUGAUUAUCAACUAUCUGUGGAUCGGAGUGGUCAGCUCGCUGGUCGUCCUCUCGCUAGUCUUCAUCCUCUUCAGCUGCUACUUCUACCGGAAGUUCCGCACUUGGAAAAAAUGCAAUAAGGACAUACGUGCCCAGAUCCACGCCGCCAGUGAUUCGUACUCCUCGCACCUGGUUGGCUGCGAUGCCAGCCGACUGCUGUUGCACCAACAGAUGCAGCAGGGCCAGCAUCAUCGUGGCAACGAGGCGGGCUUCUACCAAAUCGAAUCGCCGCCCUGCUACACAAUCGCCACCGGAUUGCCCAGCUACGAUGAGGCACUGCAUCACCAGCCGAGGCACUUUGCCUGCGGCAUGAAGUUCGUGUAUCCCUCGCUGGCAGCCGUGCAUCAUCAUCAUCAUCAUCAUCCGGCUGCCGCGGCCUGCGUUUCCAAUUGGGAGAAGGACGAGCGGCAGGAGCGGCAGGAGCAGUCGUCGCUGAAUAAGCUGCAAAAGUGCAAGCUGUCAGCGGCAGUGGAGGAGGAUAAAGCCGAAUCCUCGUCCUCGCCAUCGUUGUCGUCGUCGUCGUCCUCGUCCUCAUCCUUCACAUCGUGCAACUUGGCCGCAGCAACGCCUGCCAUUUGCAUUAACAUGCCAAAUGGGCGGCAGGAUGAGAAGCAGCAGCAGCAGCAGGAUGAGGAGCAGGAUAAUUCCGCAGUGGCAGUUGCAGUGGCACAAAGUUUACUGCCGGCGGCGGCUGCCGACGAUGAUUGCGCCUCAUUGGUCGUCGUUGUUGCCGCGUGAUUGCCCAGCCAGGGGUCAGGGGUCAUCUGUUAAGGGGUCAGGGGCUCGGGAUUGCAGGGUUUGGGGAGUAGCAGCCCAAUUGCUUAGUCACUUGUAAAUAGUUGCAUCGUCUGCUAAUGUUGUUUGCCUCCCCCCAUCGCAAAAACAUAUAUCUCUCUCAACCCGUAAGCAAAAUUUAGUUUCGUUUUUAGUUAUCUGUUAUAUAUUAUUGUAUUAUGCAAGACUGAGUAUUAUUUAUUGUACUAUGUAUAAAACCGAAUUGUCUAUCGAUUAAGCCUUAAUCUAAGUGAGAGUGAAAGAAAAAACAAAAAAUAUAAAACUCCAAUGAACACACAUUGCAAACUAAA